GUCAUCAUCAUCAGCAUGCUUCUAUUUGCUCGCAACCGCGCAACAAAUCUAUUUCAAGUGGUCAUUGGCAUCUUCUUGUCGAGCACGGGAGCGGGGCGCCGGGUCAUCAAUACCUUCAAUCAUAUGGGCCUAUCUGUCAGUUACGACACAGUCCAGCGGUGUCUCGUGGCUCUGUCAGACAGUUCGAAAGAGCAUGCGAAUCAGUUCAUACGAACAAUGGUUCGGUUAUGGGCAUUGGUCUACGACAACAUCAACUUCACUCUCCGGAAGGCUUCGCAGCGGCUUGACAGCACUACAACACAGUUGAAUGCCACAACAUCAGCAGUCUUUUCGCUGCCAGCGAAGUUUACCAGGGCUAGCUAUGCCACUGCGCUGUCGAUCGCCGAGCGGAACAAGAACUCAGGAAAGCGUUCGCUAUUCACACUGCGCGAUCUUGCGCUCACUCCGGAAAAGCAAGCCCAGCUCACGGACGCCUUCCGCCACCAUGUGCGUGUUAUCCUGUUGCAACAUGCACCGGGUCUCAAGACGGGAGGUCGACGGAGUCGGAAGCUAUGGAAGCGGGUCAAGGAAUCGAAGCCACAGAUCCGGGUUCUCUCGCACGAGAAAACAGAAUUCUAUCCUCUUCCAGCACUCGCGCAAGAAGAAGCCUCGGUGGCAGGAACUAUCAAAGUCGUUGUGAAGCUCUUCACCCAGGUGCUCGGCCUGGUCGAAGAGGUUGUAGUGUCGGAGCUACGGCUACUCGUUGGCGACUGGUUGACCAUCCGCAACUUACGCCUUAUGAAGGAUGAAGUGGCCGAGGAAUUUACGGCGUUCGCACGGAUGGAUUGGGUCCAGGAGGUAGCAAUGCCUUUUCAUUUCCAAUUGAAUGCGAUGUACAUGCUGUUCCGUACACACCUCGGGUUCCCAGGCGACAACAAUCCCAGCUCGCUCGAACAUCACCGGAUGCUACUGAAGCGAUCCAAACUCGACCCGAAGAAACCUGAGUACAACAAGGCGAAGGAACUUGUGUAUCAUUCCCUGAUUGCACGGAUCUUGGACUUCAACAAGAUCGUGGCGGACUAUGCAUCGACGAGGGCUGCACAUACAGCACUGCUCACAGGUGACGAGGUACUUGCACAUUCAAUCCUGUUCAUCCGUGAUGCCCUGCUCUUCCGAGAAUUUUCGGAGGCCAUACAGGAUGCGGAUGUGGGUCGUAUGUGGCUUGUACAUGAUUUCUGGGUGUUCAUGAUGCGCGGGGCGGGUUGUCACAACUAUGGGAACGAGAUCCUCGAGAUGAAGGCACAAUUUACCCAUGUAUUCCCUCCUAUGCUCUGUGAGGUUAUCGAGCAUACAUGGCUCGUCAAUCGGUGGGGAAAGAAAGGGCGAUCUAUCCCAACAGAUCUGUACUUAGAACACAACAACGGAUUUCUGAAGGUAUGUUUGAUUGACCACUCGAAGCAUAUGACUCAGGCUAACACAUGGUAG